AUCUCCCUACUCAUCUCUGCCGUGACUGACUUCGACGAGCGGUUCGCGGCGUCGUUCAUUCCGUAAAAUCGAGUGUUUUCAAACGCCUGCGUAUGUCGAUUCGACUGCGUAAUCUGGUCUCCGAAUAGUUCGUGGAGCGUCGUGAAGAUAGUUGACAGCUCGGUAAUAGGAAACGUCAAAAAAUUCACAUGCAGUUUUUUGAGGUUAUAAUAUCAAACGUAAUCAGUAACUGUCGCGUUGUGGAGAUCGACUGGCCUGUUCACGGUUCCUUCAAGUUUUCGAAAUAUGUCAUUCAUGCCACUCUGGCCUGAUUUACAACCCCGAGCUAUUGAUCCUCUGUGGUUCGACGCAGACAAGCCGUGCGACGACGAGAGCGAGGUUAUUGCAUUAGAAACUGAGCAUCAAUCAUGGAUGGACAGCAUACAGGCCGAACGCUGGAAUCAAAUUCCAAUUGGAAAGUCAGCAAGUGAUUUCCGUGGAUCCGAAGGCGAAGAAGAAGAGGAAGAAGAAGACGAGGGCGAAGGAGAAGAGGAGGAGGAGUCCGACACCCAUGAGGAGGAAGAAGAAGAACUGGACGAGAUCGACAUGGAAGUCAGCUACUCCCAUCAACAGCCGCGAGCCAGUCCUGGGCCCAGUCCUGAUACCCAGCAAAACCCGGUUUCCAUCAGAAUGGUCAACGCGCGUACCCUCCAUUACACCUAGAAUCUGAUUGUGUGACAAUAAAUUAAGAUGUUAAGAAACGUUUAGCUGUACAAUUAACCGUAAGAAAGAAUAAAAUUACAUUUGUGUUGCA